GCCCUUGGCAACGGUUGCAUGUCGAUUUUGCAGGCCCGAUAAACGGAGUGACGUACCUCGUGGUGGUUGAUGCUCAUUCAAAAUGGCCAGAAGUGUUUCCAAUGCGGACAACCACCACUGAAGCAACCAUUUCAUGCCUACAUGAACUGUUCUGCAGAUUCGGAUUUCCCGAGACUUUAGUGUCCGACAACGGCACUCAGUUCUCUUCUGCAGAUUUCCAGGAGUACCUGCAGCGGGUAGGAACCAGACACGUGAGAACAGCUCCGUAUCAUCCCAGCAGCAACGGUCUGGCAGAGCGUUUCGUCCAGACGCUGAAGGGUGCACUUCGGAAGUCCAGCCGACCCACAUCACCGUCGGAACUCGCAGACUUCCUCCUGUCGUACCGCAACACUCCGCAAGCGACUACUGCAGAGGCACCCUCCCUUUUGCUGUUGGGGAGGCGCCUCAGGACUAGGCUAGACCUCGUCAGGCCCUCCGUUGAGGAGCGGGUCGCGCACAAACAGUUUCAGGACACCAGUCGCCGCAGGCAUCGUGCGACUGCGUUCAACGAAGGAGACUUCGUGCGUGUCCGCAAUUUUCGCCGAGGACCAAGGUGGCUCAAUGCUACCGUUCUCGCCCGCACCGGUCCAGUGUCGUAUCGUGUUAGCAUUGUGACCCCCCGGGGUGUGUGUGAGUGGGCGCGUCACCGUAAUCAUAUCGUACGUGCUCCGGACUCUGAGGACACGGUGAUCACAGCCACCGAAUUCCAUGAUGAAGACGACGUCACAGCUGGCACUAGCGCUAGCAGCCCCACUGAGCCUGUGGAACAGUCGACGACACCCAGAGAAACCGCCGAACAGGGUCGCCGCUACCCACUACGUCAGCGCGGACCUCCCGACCGCUACGGCACCUAAUCCUACUUCGGGACAGUAAAUAAGUGUGGGGGAGAUAUGUCGCGCGCCUAGGCGACAAGGUGUCACAGCAAGGCAUGCGCCGUGGCAGCGGCGCCCACGUUAUCACUCUGUGGUUGUACUUAAAAGCGCCGGCAUUCAAGCUGGCGCGGGCUUUCAUUCCUGCAAUAUAGAACCGAUCAGUUCGCCCGCCGUUGUUAAGUUGAUGGCUAAAUAAAGCCGUACUGUGUCGCUCAACCGUUGCGCUGUCCUUCCGUCAGACACGACAAAAACGAGGCAACAAAAAAAAAAAAAAAUUCACCGACGAUACUCCCUAAUGCGAAUUUCGAUCGUAGCUGUUUAGGUGUUUUGAAUUGGCGAUAUAUUACGGCAAAGAAUUUGAUUCUGAAAGACAAGGUGCUCUCGGCGGCGGCGCUGAGCCUCCGCUCGGGCAGCUCGUUUAGCAGCAGCGGCAGACGAAACAUUUCCACCGGUUGCGUCGCUCACUGUUCAGAAAAAAGGCGUGAACACGGUGUGAUGUUUGGGGUCGGGCAUGAAAUAGAUGGUAGCUGGCCCAUGCCGUCGUCCAACUUAUCCACGCUGAGGACAUUGUUGAAAGGAGGGACUUGUUCUCAUAUGGGAUUUAUUUAUAUUACUUAUAUGGGAAUAUGGGAUUUAUUUACAGUAUCUACAUGAGAACGUUACAAUUCAUCAGUCUAACAUGACUGAAAA